UCGCCCUGCCCAUCGCUCACGGACUCACGAUUUGUUGGCUUUCCGCUUCCUCACAACAGGGCAAAGACUACCCAUUGCAGAACCCAAAUCAUCAGUUCGCAGAUGAGGGAACAUGGCGGGGGCCAACGACCAAAACGAUCACCAGCUGCACUGUUACAGGUAGCCACGAUGAUGAACUUCGUUAUCCCGUUUGGGUGGCUGAAGAAGCGGAUUGCGGCGCAGUCACAGCACUGGAGGUUACACUGCCAUCAGUGGUCAGCACUCGCUAGCAGUUAGGUUAGCUCAUUAUCUCGAGUCGUCAAGCUUCGAAGCAAACCUCAACCCCCUACGGCUGACGAGCAACCAUCAUGUCCACCUCCCAACUCAGCAUCGAAGACUUCAAGCGCACCCUCGCGGCUUUGGAUAGCCAGAUAUUUGCCUCGGUCCGAAACACUCUGUGUCAAGCUUGCCAUCCCAUAUCCCUGCGCCUAGACGAGAUACUCGACUCAACCGACAAGUCAGACUUCCAUCCCGGAACCCGCGACUCGACCGACAACAUAAGACUUGCAACUAUUGACCAUGUCUUUGCCAACUACCAGGAGUGCGGUCUCUGCUCACUCAUCCUUCGCCUCAUUCUGCGAGCCAAAGAGAGGCAUCUCUAUAACGCAAUGAGGUCAAUGCCAUCGGUUGAGGAGACGCUCAUAUCCCUUGACACGAUCAGGGAGGCUUUGAAGUCAUUGGGCAGCACCACCGUCUCCAAAACAAGUUCCAUGGCCAACUCAAUCUCAUCGUUAUCGGAUGACUUCGAGAUCUUCGAUCCUGAGGACCUGAUCCUCCAGAUUUCUGUCGACGCUGUUUGUGAUUACGGCGCUUUAUCCGUCUGGCUCCCCUUGGGUGACUCCGAAGACGUGGACGACAACGAAUUUCAGUUAUUCUUGCACUCAGAAGACUACCGAGUGAUUAUGGCCGACGCCCAAAACCCAGAGGCUACACUGAUGAUACCGAAGCCACUUGACCGGGAUACACGAGACAUGGACUUGAUGAAGCGCUGUCUCGAGUACUGCCGCAAGAACCAUGACAAGUGCAACCAGUCAGCGGCACCAAAUACCGAAGCUUUGCAGACGGCCCCGAGCAGGCUGAUUGACGUCGACGAUAUGAGAUUGGUACCUACCAAUCCUGGCAUUAACGGCCAUGUGGACCUUCAACAAGUCGAAUACGUCGCUCUCAGCUAUGUAUGGGGAAGAGAUCCGUUCUACACCCUGCAAAGCCCAAACCUCAGCAACCUAUGCGAGAAAGAUGCCUUCCGAGAUCCCGCCAUAAAGCUUCCACAGACCAUCCUGGAUGCCAUUGAUGUUACCAAGUUUUUAGGCUAUCGAUACAUCUGGAUUGACAGCCUGUGCAUUGAACAAGACUCUACUGAGGAUACAAUUACUCAGAUAGGAUCAAUGCACAUCAUCUAUGCCCAGGCUAGCCUAACGAUUGUUGCAGCCGUCGGAGACAGCGCACAGCACUCUAUCCUGCACAUAGAUCCGACUCAGCUAUCGAGCAAGUACUAUACCGUUGGAAACCUACGCUUUUGUCUUGACAGACCCGAGUUCAAAGAAGUUGUAGCAGCAUCAACAUGGGCAACGAGGGGAUGGACUCUUCAGGAACUGACUUGCUCUGCCAGGUUCAUCUUCUUUACUCCAGAGAGGACGUACUUCAGCUGUGCACUUGGAAACUGGAAUGAGGACCUGCCUCUGGAUGAAAGCGUUCCUCCUGAGCAAUACCAACGCUACCUUCGGGAUGAAGACCCCAAAGGUUUGGGCUUGGACAUGGAAGUCGGAGGCGAUGCCCCAAAGGCUUCAGCAACUUACAUCUCCAUGGCCGAAAAGCUUUCCACAAGAAACUUUACGCAAGAUAAAGACAUCCUGAAGGCGUCACUGGGAAUGUACACAAUGUACAUAGUUGACGGCCUAGGGAUGGCGGUCGCUGGCCUUCCCCUGUCCUAUCUGGGGGCAGCUCUAAUGUGGCAACCAAAUGGUGUCCUAAGCAGGCGACGUUGUGAAGGUAUUCCAUCGUGGUCUUGGGCUUCGUGGACGGGCCCCAUUUCUUACCCUCUCGGGAUGCUUGACGGCCUCAAUAUAGAACUUACUUUGGACUGGUUUAUUGAUGAGUGGAAGGCCUUACGGUUCGGAAGACCUUCCUAUGCCGUGCGGACAUCACCAGGGUAUAUCCCUUACCUUCAAGUAGACGCAAGGAUGGCGAGGGUUGCCCGACUUAUGCUCCGAGCACCAGGAAAGGAGCCUAGUCAUCACUAUUUUGGGGAUAACCCUCCACCGGUCUUGCGUCGGCGCAUCGUCACUCCUAAAGAGCGCUGGCGGCAGAACCUGGCCAUAGCCGAGAAGACUGUAUUAGCGUUCGGAGGUACAAUCUGCAGCUUUCCAAUUCGGCUCCGAGAACGCGACCAUACCUUGCAAGCGUCCGGUCACGUUCACUUUUGUUCCAUCUUCUCUUCGGCUGAAGCAGCGGACAACUUGGACAACGCUGAGCUUGUUGGCGAGAUGCGAGUCGACUCUGGGACGCUGGAGUCCUUCUUUUCCGAUGGGUUCUCGACAGCUGCCUCCAACAUGGGCAUCGCCACAAGCAUAGAGUUGCUUUCCUUUGGUCACCUGGACUUCUCCAUUGAACACGUUCAAAAUGUCCUGUACCUGAACAGGUACAGUCGACGAGACAACUUCUCUCCGGAGUUCCUGGCCCUGGUGGAUGAGAACCCAGACAUGGUACUCGUCAUGUGGCUGUUCCGACACCCCGGUGAGCCUCAUAUAACCUCCCGGGUCGCUGUUGGAUACGUUCUCAGGAGCCGAUGGAAUGAAGCAGUGGAAGAGCGUGGGCGAACUCGGGAAUGGAUCAGGCUUCAUUGAGUCUGGGUAGAGUACGACCAUCGAGGCACCUGUCACCCCUGUUAUAUGGGAUCGGAAUCACCAAUCACUAUCCUUAUUCUGCCAACUACUCGCACACGCCGCACCACCCGCUCGACUCAAAUUUCCUAUUAUGGCUGCGCAUGGGAAUGACUGGCCAGCAGAGCUCUCUGGAGGGGGUGGCUCGACAUUACUUCAUGCAGGCUACCUUGGCGUUGUCAGCCUGCCAAGCCCUUUUGGGUAAGGCACCGCCUACGCGGUGGAGUUGGGCAUCU